AGCUGAGCGCGGUGGCCGCGUGCAGGACAGUGAUCGCUGCUGGGGAGGUGGAAUCCGCGGCUCCUGGCUGGGGCGGCUGCGGGGCCCCCGGCCACCUCGGCUGAACAAAGUGCACAAGCCUCGAGACGUUGUGAGCAGGGUUUGUUCACACCUCUGCUAUAAUUGGUUCUGAUGGCUGGUAAUAAAGGAAGAGGACGUGCUGCCUAUACCUUUAAUAUUGAGGCUGUUGGCUUCAGCAGAGGGGAAAAGUUGCCUGAUGUUGUGUUGAAGCCACCACCACUGUUUCCUGAUACAGAUUACAAACCAGUGCCCCUGAAAACAGGAGAAGAUGAGGAUUACAUGCUGGCCUUGAAGCAAGAGCUGAGAGAAACAGUGAAACGAAUGCCUUAUUUUAUUGAAACACCUGCAGAAAAACAAGAUGAUAUUGAAAGGUAUAGUAAACGAUAUAUGAAGGUAUACAAAGAAGAAUGGAUACCAGACUGGAGAAGACUUCCCAGAGAGAUGAUGCCAAGGAAAAAAUGCAAGAAAGCGGAUCCAAAAUCCAAAACAGCCAAAGCUGCAGACAGAGGUCCUUCACUCACUAACUCUGCAGAUGUGUUGAAAAAAAUUGAGGAACUAGAAAAGAGAGGCGAUGGUGAAAAAUCGGAUGAAGAGAAUGAAGAGAAAGAAGGGAGCAAAAAGAAAAAUAAAGAUGGCGAUGACGACGAUGAUGAUGAUGACAAUGAUGAAGCAGAGCAAGAGGAGUACGAUGAAGAGGAACAAGAGGAGGAAAAUGACUACAUUAACUCCUACUUCGAAGAUGGAGAUGAUUUUGGUGCAGACAGUGAUGACAACAUGGAUGAAGCAACCUACUAGCCAUGGGAUUUCUCUCUCUCUCUCCUCUCUCUCUCUCUCUUUCUGGUACAGCUUCAAGCAUUUGGAUUUGACUUACUUUACUUCUGAUAAGAUUAAGUCUAUAUUCUCUUUUGUUCAGUGUUUCAUUUGACAAAUUCUUACCUAGCUCUUCAGAACCACUUUAUGUUUACACAUGUGACCUUACCUCCUCACCUCUGCUACCCCCUGGUUAUGUAGUGGAGUUGUGGGGUUUUUUGGUCUUUGUUUUAUGUGGAUUUGAAUGUGCCUGAAGACUUCUAGCAUCGCUCAAUCUGUGUUCAUACUUGAAAAAGAUCACCCAUGCUACCUGCUGACCUUUGGGAAAGCUGUUACUAGUCUUCGUGGAUUUCUAUUGAUAUUGCACAUGGAGCACUUUAAAAACAAACUGGAAGAUGAUCUCUCUUAGCUGGUAUAUUCUGUUAUAUCACACUAACUGCAUAGACUCACCAUGUUCUUAACAAGUGCAGACUUGGGAGAUGAGAGUGUUGGUGGUAGGAAACAUGCUGACAGCAAAAAGCAGUGACUGAGGUGAGAUAACCUUCACAGUUUACAUUUGAGCCAAAACAGAGGCUGGAAGGUUAUAAAUGCUUGGCUUUGGGGAUAACACCAUGCCUUACAAUGUAUGAAUUAAUGAUUUCACUGUACUAAGUUUGGUAUCUUCAAUUUGUUGAGUUUAUGGAAAAAAAUAAUUGAGACAUACUGUUUAAUUCUCUGCUUUAUUUAAGUGGAAAUAAGUCCUGGUUGUAUGUACUUCAUGAUAGAAUGAUAUCCGUGAAUACAGUAAAGGGCAGUGCCCUCUGUUAUAUAAUACCAGAUUAAGGAACUGCAAGUCAAUUAUUGAAUCAUGGAAAUGAACUCAGGUCAUUCUGAAAUUACAAUUGAUUCUUCUUGUCUUAACUUACAGGGUGACUCCCCUGCAGUUUUAUAUUUUGCAGAGAAAAUAGCCAGAACCCUUCUCCUCUAAGGAUUUUUAACAUGCCAAAGAUUUUCAAGAAAAUGUAUAUUUGCAUUUCAAAACUAAUAUAUUAAAAUUAUCUACCUAAGGGAUGAAAACCUGCUUUCCCCUUUGGGGAGACUUAUCACUUAUUACCUUCUGACCUGGAAACAGGGAGCCCUGUUUUUUCUCUCAGGAUCAAGAUAACCUUGAAAUUGAGCUUAAGUUUGUGUGCCUUAGUUUCUCCGCUUGUAAACAGUUUCCUAUAAAUUUGUUCAAACACUAUCCAGAAUUUACCAAAUAUGCCAUCUUUUACCUUACAGAAACAAUGGUGUCUUAAAUUUGAUUUUUACCUUGUAGACACCUGUACUGUGGAAAGUGAAAUAGUUGUGAGAAACUUUUUUUCUGUUAAGUUUUAGUUUGUUUUUCUGAACUUGUAUCUGUGUUAGAAACUGUAGUUAAUUUGUACAGUCUGGAGAGAUUCCAACAUUCCUUUCUCAGGAGAAGGAUCACUUUCAAUGGCAAUACUUCUUCAAAUACUUCCAGAUGGGUGUGAUGGCCAGUGGCUUGUCUGUAUAGUGCUGUACUGAACGCAUGUGACUUAUAUCCAGUUCCCAGGAGCUUAUCUUAUGUUUUAGGAUUCUAAGUGGAAGCAUGAAAAGUCUUUCAGGCUCCAAUGUAUUGGGAAACUUCCAUGAAGUUUUUAGUGUUGAUGACAAAUGCUGUUGUUUAGGAAUAACAGGUACUUUAUUCUUUUACAUUUGGCACCAGAGUCAAAUAUGUAGUUCACAGGUGCUCUAUUUUCUGUUCCUUCCCGUUAUUACAAAUCUUUGUGUAACUGUCCAUAUCUGGGAGAUGCACUGACAAUACCUUCUUCCCUAGUUUCCAGUUUGUCUUCAUUGUUGUGUUCCCGGCAAGGGCCAGGAAGCUCCUUUCGGGCAGGACUUAUUCUGGGGCACCUGACAUCUCCUCUAAGGAUGUCUGUCCUCCUUUGAAAGAUCAGUUUACAACUUUAAACAUACUAAUUCUGAGAUGAUUUUUUUUUUUAGUUUGCUUUACCAAGAUAAAUCUGUUUUCUUGGCUUAAGCUCUGAGACUGUGAAAUUACUUUAUAGAGAUAACUUCUUAAUGGUUAAAGUACUUACUGGGACUGGUGGGUAAAAUGUCUUUAACAUUAUCUUAACAAAUAAAACAAAUUGCAACAAUGUU